AUUUUUAUAAUUUUUGACGUUUUUUCUUUCUCUCUUUCUCUAUUUUUAUUUCUCUUUUACUAUCGCUAUCAUUAUUCGACAACGGAUUAAUGCGGGUCUUGUAUUUGUAUACAAUUUGUCUAUCUCUCUCUAUUCACAAAUUCUCCCCACCUCUCUCUCUCUCUCUCUCUUUCUCUCUCUCACAUUCUAUUUACUAAUUGGAGUACUUUAACGGGCCUUUACCGUCCUUCCAGUAUAAUCGUACUCGAAUCUACGAAGCGGAACGUUAGCGGUUUAAAGUGAUCGUGGAAAGCGUGAAACUCUGUUAAAUUACGGUUAUAAUUUUCUAUAAUAGUAUAGGGUUACAUGUGUGUAAGAUUGUGUGUGAAAGUUAUGCUUUUCGGUUGUGGAAACUGUAAGAGAUGUAUGUUCUCGUACUCGAAGAAACCGAGCAACAUACCUUGCGGAUUAGAAUCGAAAAAUGUCAAGUUGCUCGGAUUCUCGGUGGAUCUAGGACAACGGGUGCAUUUCGCGGAGGGCACGAACUUAAGGUGCCGCGAAGAUCCGAAACCGUCGGAUGAUACCGAUGACGAAAGGAAGGAAGGAAGUGAAGAAAGUGAUGAAAGGAAGAAAGUGAAGGAA